AGGAUUCGGAGAAGAGCUGAGGGCGCCCCACGUUUCCUCCAGGCUGGUGAUAACAUCAGCCUGUCAGGUGGUUGUGCGGGCGAGUGUGUGUGAGUGGUGUGUGUGUGUGCGCGCGCGCGCGAGCGGAGGGAGCGCGCUCGCACAAACUUUGUGCCUGCGGAUUUGCCUCGGACCGUUCGGCAGUCUAGAGGAGAGCUGCCGACUCCGGGCGGCGAGUGCAGGCGGCGGAGACCCGGUUAGGCAGCCGCAGCCGAGGGAUGCGCAGCACCCGGCCAAGCCGGUCCCGCCGCGCUAAGUGAGCCGGCUCUGGGAGCGCAGCGCCGCGGCCAUGGGCACCCUGGGCAAGGCGAGAGAGGCUCCGCGGAAACCUUCCCAUGGCACCAGAGCUGCCCCCAAAGCAAGACUAGAGACCAAACCAACCAGCAGCCCUCUCCCUGCCCAGCCUAGCCUGGCCCAGAUCACCCAGUUCCGAAUGAUGGUGUCCCUGGGACAUUUGGCCAAAGGAGCCAGCCUGGACGAUCUUGUUGACAGCUGCAUUCAAUCUUUUGAUGCAGAUGGAAACCUGUGUCGAAGUAACCAGCUGUUGCAAGUCAUGCUGACCAUGCACCGAAUCAUCAUCUCCUCUGCAGAGCUGCUUCGAAAACUAAUGAAACUAUAUAAAGAUGCUUUGGAGAAGAAUUCUCCUGGGCUCUGCCUGAAGAUCUGCUAUUUUGUCAGGUACUGGAUAACGGAAUUCUGGAUCAUGUUUAAAAUGGAUGCCAGCUUGACAAGCACCAUGGAGGAAUUUCAGGAGUUCGUGAAAGCCAGUGGUGAGGAGUCUCACUGCCGCCUCAUCGAUACAACCCAAAUCAAUUCCCGCGACUGGUCCAGGAAACUUACCCAGAGGAUAAAGUCAAAUACCAGCAAGAAGCGGAAAGUCUCCCUGCUGUUUGACCAUUUGGAACCAGAGGAGCUGUCUGAGCACCUCACCUACCUUGAAUUCAAGUCCUUUCGAAGGAUAGCUUUCUCUGAUUAUCAAAAUUACCUUGUAAAUAGCUGUGUGAAGGAGAACCCCACCAUGGAGCGGUCCAUUGCCCUGUGCAACGGCAUCUCCCAGUGGGUACAACUGAUGGUCCUCAGCCGCCCCACCCCACAGCUCCGGGCAGAGGUCUUCAUCAAGUUCAUCCAGGUGGCUCAGAAGCUCCACCAACUACAGAACUUCAACACGCUAAUGGCUGUGAUAGGGGGGCUAUGUCACAGCUCCAUCUCCCGGCUCAAGGAAACAAGUUCACAUGUCCCACAGGAAAUCAAUAAGGUCCUGGGUGAGAUGACUGAGCUACUGUCCUCCUGCAGAAACUACGAGAACUACAGGCGAGCCUACGGAGAGUGCACCCACUUCAAGAUCCCCAUACUGGGAGUGCACCUCAAGGACCUCAUCUCACUGUAUGAAGCCAUGCCUGACUAUUUGGAGGACGGGAAGGUGAACGUCCACAAGCUGCUGGCCCUUUACAAUCACAUCAAUGAACUGGUCCAGCUGCAGGAGAUGCCCCCACCACUGGACGCCAACAAAGACUUGGUGCACCUGCUGACGUUAUCUCUGGAUCUAUACUACACCGAAGAUGAAAUCUAUGAGCUUUCUUAUGCCCGUGAACCAAGGAAUCACAAGGCUCCGCCACUAACUCCUUCGAAACCACCAGUGGUAGUGGACUGGGCCUCUGGAGUAUCUCCCAAGCCUGACCCAAAGACCAUCAGCAAACAUGUUCAGAGGAUGGUGGAUUCUGUCUUCAAGAACUAUGAUCAUGACCAGGAUGGAUACAUCUCUCAGGAGGAGUUUGAAAAGAUUGCUGCAAGUUUUCCAUUUUCCUUCUGUGUGAUGGACAAAGACAGGGAGGGCCUCAUCAGCAGGGAUGAGAUCACAGCCUACUUCAUGAGGGCCAGCUCCAUCUACUCCAAGCUGGGCCUAGGCUUUCCUCACAACUUCCAAGAGACGACCUACCUGAAACCCACUUUCUGUGACAACUGUGCUGGCUUUCUCUGGGGAGUCAUCAAGCAAGGAUAUCGCUGUAAAGACUGCGGGAUGAAUUGCCAUAAACAGUGCAAAGAUCUGGUCGUGUUUGAGUGCAAGAAGCGAGCCAAGAACCCAACAGUACCCACUGAGAACAUCACCUCUGUGGGGCCAAUGUCCAACCUUUGUGCACUGGGAACCAAAGAUCUGCUCCAUGCACCUGAGGAAGGAUCUUUUAUAUUCCAAAAUGGGGAGGCUGUGGAACACAGUGAAGAGAGUAAGGACCGGACCAUCAUGCUGCUGGGAGUGUCCUCACAGAAGAUUUCAGUUCGGCUGAAGAGAACUGUUGCCCACAAGACCACCCAGACAGAAUCAGUGCCUUGGAUUAGCAGCGAGACCCCUCCUGGUCACUUUGUGCUGUCAUCCCCAAGAAAGCCAGCCCAGGAUACUCUUUAUGUGCUUCCAAGCCCCCCAUCUCCAUGCCCCAGCCCGGUCUUGGUCCGAAAGCGGGCUUUUGUCAAGUGGGAGAAUAAAGAGUCACUCAUAAAAUCAAAAGAGGAGCUCCGUCACCUCAGACUGCCGACCUACCAAGAGCUGGAGCAGGAAAUAAACACUCUGAAAGCAGAUAAUGAUGCCCUAAAGAUCCAACUAAAAUACGCACAGAAGAAAAUAGAAUCCCUUAAGCUUGAUAAAAGCAAUCAUGUCUUAGCACAAAUGGAGCAGGGUGACUGUUCUUAAUCCAUGUCUUAGCACAAAUGGAGCGGGGUGACUGUUCUUAAUCCAGAAACUGAAGGAGCACAUCUGUGAACCAGUGUACUGGAGACUUCUCUUCAAAAGACUACAGAGGCUCAGGCAACCUUAGAUUAACUGUCUUUAAAAAGGAAGUCAGCUACUGAUGCUAUUUUUCCACCUAAAAAAUCCAGACUACACGGCAUCGUUUUUCAGUCACUGACCCAAAGGGAAGAAGGGCAGCAAAUGCAAAACAUUUGGCACUCGCAUUAAACCUUUUCUUUCUUUCUUUCCUGGAACCAAUACCAAAAGUGUGCUAAAAUAUGACUACAAGUUUCCUGAGAGUGUCUCAGACAGCCUGCUUUACUGAUUCUUAUGUAGAUCAAAAAUCUCUAGCAACUCAAUUUCCUUCCCCAGGGUUUCUGCAAACUGAGAGAUUUACUGUGGUCCACUCAAAACUCGUUCAAAAUGAAAACAAUACCCUAAAAGUGGAGUGACUCUGACAGGCCGGCAUUCUUCAUGAUUCCGGUUCCUACUUCACUACCUCAGAUGUAUCAAUGAGUCUCUUCCCCUCCUUCCUUACUUGCUCUUAAGCACAUUAGCAUACCUACCUGGAAGUGAAUUCCUAGCGAUGUGAUGUAGCCAUAGCUUUACAUCAAUGGGCCUAUUAAUUAAACUUGACAUUACCCAAUUGCAGGUCAACGAAUAAUUCUAGAUCUUACAGUCACCAUAAAAUACAAAAUCAAGCUGGACAUUGUGGCGCACACCUUUAGUCCCAGCACUCGGGAGGCAGAGGCAGGCCGAUCUCUGUGCGUUCAAGGCCAGCCUGGUCUACAUAGUGAGUUCCAGGACAGCUGGGCUACAGGGAGACUCUGUCUCAAAAAGAUCAAAACAAACAAACAAACAAAAAAAACAAAACAAAAUCAAACUCACUACCCAGAAAUAGCUAUUGCAGUCUCAUGCACGACUGGCUAAUUAACUAAGAGAAACAAUGCAAACAUGUUUGUCCUCACCUUCUACACUGGAUGGAAUUAAGAAUUGGUAGCUUUUUAAAAGAAACAGACUCUGGAGAAUGUUUCAUUCUACAUGUCCUCGUGUAUCUCUUUUCUUGAAGUCACUAUCCUAAGGUUUUGUUUUGAACUGAAUGUGUGGUCAAACUGUUUUCACUAUCACUAUUUAGAAAUAAGCUAAAUGGAAUCGAUGGCUUAAACAGUGGACAGUAUGUACAUAUGUAUAGAACUAUAUAUAUAUAUAAUUAUCAGGUGUGCACGUAGCUUGGAUUUUUUCCUUCAUAAAAUGUAGAAGUGAAUCAAACAACUUUUAGUAAUUUACACAAAUUCACAAAAUAUAGUUCUGUUUGUCAUAAGGCAAAUUACUUACAGUAUAAAUUGUACUGUUUUGCAAAACCACAAGUAACAUCCUGUGAGUAUUCUAUUAUGAAUAUAUGUUAAUAAUCUGUGGGUUCAUCCAGUUGCCUGUCAAGCUAUUCACAAACUUUGUCAGCUUCUUUUUAGCUUUCUAAAUUCCACCUGAUCAUUUUCUUUUUGGAGAGAUGUGGCUUCCAUGCAUGGCAAGCCUGGUACCAUGCUAACUCACACACAGGGUGACCAACUUCCUAGGGUGUAAUCUGACAAAAGAAGUUUCCAAAAUAAAGUCAGCAGCACCAAGUCUUCAUAAGAAUGCAAUCUGUAUCUAGUGUUGUCUACUUGAAGGAUUCAGAUCAUUUAAGAAGUUUCUUUGAUGAAAGACCAUUGCGCAUUUGCACUUUUUUUUUUUUUUUUUACUUUUAGUGACAUAAAACUGGCUUGAGGCUAAUGUUUCAUUAAGUUUUAAAGAAUCACUUUACACACAGAUUUAUCCUUUUUUACAUCUAAGCCCAGAAAUUCUCAAGGCAGUGUCUACUACCUGGUACAUACAUUUAUGGCAGCACUGUUGCUUGUUUUAUAUGACAAGCCUCAAAUUUUGUAUUCUUCACUAUUGAUAUUUUCCAAUGACAUGCACCAAAAAAAAGGUAUAAAGCUAAAUUUUUUAAACACCAGAUAACACUUUUUUCCAUUUUUCUUAUUCACCAUCCAAAAUAGACACCCCCCCCCGCCGAUUAGUUUUUAUGUAAAUCUCUAACAUAGGAAUUCAGAAGGUCAUAGUCCCUGAGUGGAUGAUUUCCUGCACUGCAGAAUGAACACAAGAGUGAAAUGACCAGGAAGCAGUUUCAGCCCAAGUUCUUAUAGUCCAGUGAGGACAGUGUAUAUAAAAGUAUGUUGAUAUCAUUCACACUGAGCUGCAGGAGCAGGUGCAGUCUGAUAACAAUCUGAAACAAGUUUUUGGUUUAUCAAGCAAAGCUGUUUCUCUGACUAACUUGAAGUGUUUGGAGAGCUAUGCAUCUGCCAAAAUAAGGAUGAAUCCUGUCAAUUAACUAUAAUGUCAUUUCUCAUCUUCUCUGUUAACUGACUCACUUUUUACUGACCAUUUGUGAAUUUCUGUCUAAAGAUGUAUAAUGUAAUAGAGCUGCAAGAAAAAAAUGUACAGAUUGUAAAGUUUUUUGAUACCUAUUGUAAGUUUUCUGUGUCUAAUAUUUAUAUGCUAAAAGACAUUUAGAUCCCUACAACCUCAGUGUCUUGUGUUUCUUCCUGAAAAUGUAGGGAUUUCACUUGAGGUUUUUCUAUG